UAACGAUAGCCAUAGACCAAGACUAUUACUUUUUCAAACAACCAUUUUUUUGGCUUCAACAUUUCUUUUUAUCAAUACAUUGGUUCGCAAGUUAAUAAUGGUGCAAGAAAAAUUGUUUCCUGGAAGUUUCCCUCAUACGAAAGACAGCACUGACAAACGACUUGUACUCUUCAAAAAGAAAAAACUCCUUUCUGCAGACCAUAGUCUUAUAGUCAAUGCUAAACAAGCACCACUGCAAAAGUUCAAACUCUUUUUCGGAAAAAAGCAAAAAAUAACUGAAAGAAACGGUGCUUCUACAAAAGAGAUUGCGAAAUGGCGACAAUGGUUUCGGCCAUCGUUUUUUUCUAAGAAGGAGCAAGCACUUCACCAAUUAACUCUAUCUAAAAAAGAGCAAAACAAUAAAAUUGGAAGCAUUAUAUCUGUCGGUGUACCUAUUUCAAUUUCAAGUACAACUAAUAACCAUUAUUAUGGUUCCUCAGCAAAUACGAUGCAAGGGAAGCCUUCGUCUAUUUCAACGUCCAUUGUACAGCAAAUGGUUAUCUUGCCUCCAUUCCAAGUCUAUGGGUUUAUGCUCAUUGUCACCUUACUUCUACUGGUGAUAGCCUUCGCUAUUCUACAGUUACAUAGAACUAUAACCAUUAUAGAUACACUACUGGCUGGUGUUUCGUAUACCCUAGUUGGUCUUGCGUCAACUUCUGCUUCGAUUGCCACCUAUUUCAAAUCUUUCUUUUUCAAUAGAUAGUCGUAAAGAUAAGCCAUAUUGUUCCCAUUGAGAAAGUGCAAAUUAUUGUACGGCGAAAUAGCUUUGA